AGUUGAAACCUGUUUUCUGCUGCUGCUGCUGUGGAUGUUGCAGGCGGAUCGUGGACGAACACAAAACGAAAUCCAGUGGAUUUACACGCAAAAACAUCGCCUUAAUACAAUACACGCGAGGAUUUUCGACGAAGAUGCAUUAUCAUUAGCCUUGAAAAUCACCCCCAUCGUCUGUUAUUUAACACAAAGACGGACGCACUGGAUAUUCUCUGUAUUACUGGAGGGUCGCGCUGAACAUCGUUAAAACGGAUAAAUAAACACGAUGUCGUCGGAAAAACACGGAUUGGAGGACGCAGCAGGGAGACAGCCCAUGUCUCAGCCAAUGGCACAGAUGGCCCCGCCUCCCUACCUGCCCUCUCAGGACCCGAACAUGCCACCGCAUCCUCCCCCACCUGGCUGUGCCCCACAGCCUAAUUACCCCCCUCCACCACCUCCUCCUGGAUCAGACGGGUACCACCAGGAGACCCAGUUCCACUGCGGCAACCUCGGGCCCCAGGGAGCUCCGAACGGCUACACGGUGCAGACGCACGGACCGGGAGGCACCGUCCCUCAUCCUCCAGUGGGAUAUCUACAUCCGGGAUACCCUCUCCAGCUGCAGCCCUGCACGGCCUAUGUGCCCGUUUAUCCUAUAGGAGCAGGGGGGCAGCCGUACUUGCCCAACGGUGCCCAGCAUCCAGGUGUUGCUCCUGGCCAGAUGGCCAUGCACAUGCCAAAUGGGAUCGCUCUGAUGGAGCCUCGUCGCCCACCUCACGACUAUCUGCCCAUCGCUGUCCUCACCACUGUCUGCUGCUUCUGGCCCACAGGAAUAAUCGCCAUCAUCAAAGCCGUGCAGGUGCGUACUGCUGUUGCUCGGGGCGACAUGGUGACGGCAGAGAUCGCCUCGCGUGAGGCUCGUAACUUCUCCUUCAUCAGUCUGGCAGUGGGAAUCGCCUCAAUCGUGCUCUGCACCAUCCUCACCGUUGUGGUCAUCAUCGCCUCCCAGCACCACGAUGAAGACUGGGAGCCCUAGAGUCUCUCGAAGGAACCAACGUGCUACCCAUCCUACCCCUGGCCAUCAUUUCCGGUAUUUUGCUCAUUCUGUCACACAGCACAGAUCUGAGGGCUGAAGCCACCACAUCUUCCAUCAGUCAAUAUUCCAGCCAUUGUCCGUGUAUUAGUUACAGAUCGAUGGUACUGUAAAUCUGAGCCACUUCUGUACUGUGACCGUGCACAUAUAUACACUCACAUGAACCUACCUGAACAUUCCUCCUUUAUCCUAAACAAAAGCCUGUAUUAGAUUAAUAGCUUCUAGUGUAUUAAAGUCAGGUCAGGUGUGUUAUUGUUUUGCUCUUCAAAUUAGCCAAAAACAGAGUGUUACAGGAACAAAAGAAUGCUUGAUAACAAUAAUUGUACUGAUUAUUUUGGUAUGAAUAAUGUUUCUUGAUGUUCAGGACAUUCAGUCUAUUAUUUGUUCCAUUUAUCUUUUAAGAAACCACUUGCACAACAGAAAUGAUCAAUUGUUGUUUUGCAGGUUUGCCAAAUUUGGUUAUUUGCUUUGUAUUGCUUUCUAGUAUUGAAAAUAAUGUACAAUAAUAAUGUAUUCAAAUGAAAUAGAUUAGUACAUGCUAAAAUGCUUAACAUGUUUUUUACACGUUUUGGAAUGAUAUGAGCGUUUUUGUUGCGUUUUCCAAAGGAUCUAUUAUCUUAUAUUUUGAAAGUGUGUAUAUAAGUAUUGUUCGCUCAUCGGCUUUAUUUCUGAACCUGAGGCCAGAAACAUACUCUACACACAAGUGGAGAAUUGAACUUAAAGGGGUAGUUCACCCAAAAAUGAGAAUUCUGUCAUCGUUUUAUUCAUUUCAAACCUGCAGAACACAAAAGAAGAUAUUUUGAAGAAUGAUGGUGAAUGAACAAUGGCAGUGAACGGGUUCACUUCUAUUGAACGGAUACAAAACCAUUGCAAGUCAAUGGGUGAACUGUCCCUUUAAGGGUUUUGUAUUAAAAUGGAAUUUUUUUGUAAACAGUAUUAUCUGUUGGACUGGUUUGUUAAAUAAAACCAUGUCAGGUUUAACUGACUGUAACUUUCUCAGCAGGAUUCUUUUGUUCUGUCAUGACAGAGUCUACUUGUUUUUAGUCAUUCCUACUAUAGCGCCCCUUGUGGAAAAAUAUGGAACUUCAGUUCUGUCUUAUAUUUUUAAAUGCAGCUGCACGUAAAUCCGAGCUUGCAUAGCUAAAACGCCUGUGUCGAGCAUGUUUCAAGCCUAAGUGUUUUCAUAUGUUCUGUUUUCAACCAGAACAGAAGAACUGAUUCAGAGAUGCUGAAAGAAUGUACUGUAUUUUAGGGUCAAUUUCUUCAUUAUGUCUUUUCACUGAAGCAAGUCAUGACGUUACGGUGGUGUAAAAUAUUGUAUUAUUUAUUGUUUAAACGCUAAAUUAUUCAUUUGUGUAUUAAAUGUCUAUAUUUAUUGAGAUGUGUAAUCACAGGUCUAAUUGUUGUGCACAAAUAUUUGGUUGUUUUUGCUGGAUAACAGUCAGUCAUAACAGAUGGAUGCUCUGGCAUGUGGUUAUAUGCACUUUUACACUCAGUAAGCGAGUAGCUAGUGUGUCUCACUUUAUUGUAGAUGAGUGCAUAUCUUGCUUCAGGUGACCUCAUUGAAACUCUACACAUGCUGCUGUCAGUUAGCUGUAGUUUGUCAGGUGAAUGCACUUAAUGCAGUUUUGGUUUAAUUUAGAGACCAGAGGUAUGGAUUAUACCAAAACAUAUAUGCAUUAUUUUAUGAAUUCAUCUUUUAUUAGGAUGAAUUAAUCUUUGCAGACUCUGAUCUGUGAGAAUUCAAUUUUCAAUCUCUAAUCCCUCAACAAAAAUCUCAAUCUUGUCAUUGUAAACCUACAUUGUUAAAUGCUUGAUAAAGGCGCCUGCUAAAUUAAUCAAUGUUAAUAUAAAAUGUUACAUGAUUUUCUUCUGUAAAACACAAAAGGAGACUUGUUAUGCAGGUCUUUUCCAUGCAAUAAAUGCGAAUGGGGACUGGGACUGUCAAAUUCCAAAAAUCACAUAAAAGAAGCUCAUAGCUAUAAAGUAGCCAAAAAUAUGCAUAAACGUGACAUACAUAUUACUAACCUUUUGAACACUUUUAUUUGAGGAACAGAUUGAACCUGCUUUAAAUCGUCCCCUCUGCUGUAUACUUUCUCAAACACACUCCAGGGGCCUCAUUUAUAAAACGUACCUACGCACAAAUUUGAUCGUAAAGCAUACGUACUCACAAACCCACGUCAACGUUCAUAUUUUUUAAAAACGGUAUUUGACGUAGAAUGCUUGCCCGAGUGCUGCAGGUUUUUGGAAAAUAUAAGUCACUCUUGCCGCUCGUAUACAGUAGGAUUUGGAUGUUAGGUGCUCUUUCAUAUAUAAAUGACAUUAUUUAGAUAUCAUUAAAAGGUGGAGAUCUGAAACUGUUAAGCUGCACGCAAUUUCUCGAUCAUUUGGGAUCUGAUAGAGAGGUGUACACCCGUUUUCUGGGCGUAAGUUCAUUCUAUGAAUCACACAUACGCACUUUAAGAAAUGAUCGUAAAAUCAAAUUUAGGAGGGUUUCAACGCAAUAUUUUAUAAAUGAGACCCCUGUAUAUUCAAAUACAACAUGUAAAGACAUGUCAUAUCACAGUUGAGUUCCGUUAUAAACCAUGCAAGAACCAGCAUCUAAAGACAUAUUUUGAUGGCUCUUGCAGUAUUGCACUACUCUUAUAGUACGUUUGAGUCAGCUCAAGUGCUCUAGUCCCAUCCACUUCCAUUAUAUGGAAAAAUGAGCAAGGACAUUUCCAAAUUGUGUUCGACGGAAGAAACUAAACUGUAGCACUGUAAAAAAAUUGCCAUUGCCAGCUGGGACGACACAAAUAACCGUAAAAUAACAGUUUUUCCCUGUAAAAUUAUGAUUCCUCGUUUUCUUUCUCUGUAAUUUCACGUUUUGGGCCGUAUUUUAAAAAUACAUGAAAAAUUACAGGUUUUACAUAAUACGUGGAAAAAAAGUAUGUUUUUUUACAGUGUACAUGUUUGGUAUAAACAAGAAUCUUCCUUUCUUAAAAGGAUUGCCACAACUCCUAUAUUUCUGGCUUAGAAGUUAUGCUGAGAGUAAAGUGUGUAUCAUUGCUUUUAUUAGGUGAAUGUGUCCUUCCUUGAGAUCAUUUGGAAAGAUGGGAGAAUAUCUGUUUGCCUCUAUUCAUUCACAGUUUUCCCUUUUUCACUAUGUCAUUUAAUUUUUAAGUAUUUAUUUUGCUUAUGUAAUUUGAACAGCAUCAUAUCUUUUUUCUCCUUCUCUCUGAUAAAUUUUUAAUCAAUUUUUGAUCAAUGAAUCUCUGUGUUUCACUGACCUGUUUGUUGAAUGACUCUUGAUAUAUUGUUUAUAGCUGUCAGAGGUGUGAUUGCACAUGAUCGUCUUUAUAUGGGCUUCGUCCAAAAGCCAGGCCCUUGUUUUCUAUCUACAAGCUAAUUGAGAGAGCAUAGUUUCAAUAGAAAUCCUGUUCCUGUCUGUUAAUAAGACAAACUGCUAUAAUGAUUUGGGGUGUAUUAAGGUUUUGCGAACUCUGUACAGUCGAUGUGAACUUUUCUCCUGUUUAUAAGCAGCCCAGCAAUAUGCCUUUUCACACGUUUGUGAUGUAAAGCUUAUGCUUCAUUGAAACAUGGCCACAGAUGUCUUGAUAUAGUUUCUGCACACGGUUUCUCUGAGCUUGCGGUUUAUUUCAAGCGAUUUCCCCUGUGUUUGUGUGCUUCUUACAGAGACCAAACAUGGAUUUGAUGUGUAUGACUUCAUUGAUUUGAAUUAAAGAGGAAUACCUGGUCGUG